ACUCUCGCCUCUCCCCUCUUCACCCGUGGGCCGACGCGCCGCCGCAGCAAGCAGCCGAGAGGGGAGGGGAUGCUAGCCGCACGGAGGGGCGCGGCGGCCGCGUGGGCGGCACAGGCCUUCCACUCCUCCUCCGCAGCGCUCUCCAAAUCCACUCCUCGAUUCCGCUUCACCGUCCGUGAAAAGCGAGGGGAUGCGAAGAGCGCCCUUAAGAACCUUCUGCUCAAUGGCGGCACAUGUCAGGAAAGCAGUAACAAACAAAUGAGGAAGCAGAAAGGUGGUACCGGGUCGAAGGCUCAGCGCUCUGCUCCAGGAAAAAAUCCCUGUGGAAAAAAUAAGCGCGGGCAUUACUGGAAAAGCUUCGAUGAUGACGAUGAAUGCGCGCACACACCAUAUGGUACCUAUGGUGGUAAGAAAUCUUUCACCUGGUACUGGCCUGGGGAGGACGACGGCCUUGGUAGUAAUCCUAGUGGUUUUCAAUGGAGGGAGGAAUCUCAGUCUGCCAAAUCAAAGGAGAAGUUCUGGAACGAAAGUGACGUCGAUGAGGACGAGGGGUCGAGCCGUGAUGAUCUGCGAAGCUAUAGGAUUUCUCUCGGAUUGCCAGUUUUAGGUCCCUUAAAGCUGGAUCAUAUUAAGGCUGCUUUUCGUGCAUCUGCUCUCAAGUGGCACCCAGACAAACAUCAAGGGCCUUCACAGGCUGAAGCAGAAGAAAAAUUCAGACGGUGCGUGGAAGCGUAUAACGCAUUGACUCGUGCUUUCAGAUCAAGUGGCUAACUACCGCGAGGAAUUUUGUUCUUUAUGAUUUGAGGUUUUCUUAGGACUCCUAGUGAUGUGUGCGUGGCUGCUGGUCUUCAGGACACAGAGACUGCUAGAAGUGAAGUUCAGAGUUAUGGCUUCAUGUUGAUAACGAAAUAUAUAAGCAUAAUCUUUACAAAAAAAACAUAGAUUAGGCCAGUCCUGCCAAAUCGUAUGAGAACGCAAAUUACAGGGCUCAUUUGUAUGAUGAUUUGGUUCCACACAACGCUGUAAGUAGAAAGCAAAUACUGUUUGUUCCA